AUGGCAGAUUCAUCAUCAGCCACAGCUCCAAGUUCACUGAAACGAAAACAGAGCAGUGAAGGCGACCCUGGAACUACUAGCCCCGCCACGGCUUCAUCCUCAAACGCGUCGCCUCUAGACCCUACCCUCGCGACUGCAGACGCCCCCCUCCACAAUGCGCCGGACGCAAAGGAACCAGAGCAAUCCUCGAGCAAAAAGAAGAAGACAGCACGGGGCAACAAGUCAACAGCCACAAGUGAGCGGCCCAAGGCGCCCAAGAAGCGAACACCAUCUGCGCCAUGGCCGGACGAGUUGAAGCGCCUGUCGCAGAUUCACCGAGCAUUGAAUCUCGUGUAUACCUUUUGUUGCACGCGCAAACAUUUUGCAACCACAUUCGAUAACAUCAAGAAGGCUGUACAGGCCCAACUGGGGCAAGGGCGUGAGCUCACAGUCGAGGAUGUGGCAAGGGUGAAAGUCCUAGUCCCACGAGCGGUACGAUUCGAAUAUGUGGAUGAAGCAAGUCUGGAGGUUAUGACGGUCGGAGACAGAGAAACACUCGAGUAUGGACUACAUAAGCAACAUGGCCUUCCAACAGCGGCGGAUACGGCCGAGCCGGAGGUGAAUCAGGGCGAGCUGGAAAUCAAGAAGGACGUUUUGCUAUUCGAGUUCGUGGAUGGCGAUCUCAAACGCGAAGUACAGCACCCCAAAACUGGAGAGCCAUCUAAACCGGUGCGCCGCAUGAAGGAUGAGGAUCUGAAGAUGCCGGUCUACAGCCAGAAACAGAUGCUGAACUUGAUUGAGAAGCGUAAUACCAAGUUCUCGGAUGCUAUAGAUGCAUUUCUGGUCCGGUGUGAAGAUCAAGCUAUUGAUCCGGUACUGGUUCUGGAACAGGAAAAGGAUGUACUCUUGCCUACGCCUCCUGAAAGUGGUAUGAACACCCCGACUGUGAUCAAGGCUCCAGCAACAAUCCCCAAGGAACGAAAGUCUAUCGCAGAGAUCAUUGUGGAGAUCCGGCAAAUGGAAUGGUAUCAUGCCCAGAUCGUACCUGAAGGCCAUCGGGUAUUUGACGCCCAGGAGCCCAUCUAUGGCGAUUUGUCGUUCCAGCUAUCGCAGGAUCUCGUCAAUGCUUUAUACAACACGAGAGGCAUCACCCAACUCUAUUCGCAUCAAGCAGAAGCGAUCAAUAACUUGUACGAUGGCCACCACGUGAUUGUUUCGACCUCGACAAGUUCCGGCAAAUCACUUAUUUAUCAAAUCCCAAUGCUUCACGAGCUGGAAAAGGAUCAUGAGAGCAGGGGAAUGUACAUUUUCCCCACCAAAGCUCUGGCUCAAGAUCAGAGGCGCAGCAUGAUGGAUUUGUUACAGUACAUGAAUGGCCUGCAGCAUACUAUGGUCGAAACAUUUGAUGGGGACACGCCUAUGGGAAGUCGGAACCUCAUUCGCGACGAGGCGCGAAUCAUCUUUACCAAUCCAGAUAUGCUUCACAUAACAAUCCUGCCGCAGGAGAGUGCCUGGCGCACUUUCUUGAAGAAUUUGAAGUUUGUGGUCGUCGACGAGCUACAUGUUUACAACGGCUUGUUCGGCUCUCACGUUGCCUUUAUCAUGCGACGACUUCGCAGGAUAUGUGCUGCAGUUGGAAAUAGGCAUGUCAAGUUCAUAUCCUGCUCUGCCACAGUUGCAAAUCCGGAGGAGCACAUGAAGUCCAUCUUUGGAAUCCAGGAUGUGAAGCUGAUUGACUUUGACGGAUCCCCAUCAGGUCGAAAGGAGUUCAUUUGCUGGAAUACACCAUUCAAAGACCCUGCAGACCCAACAUCUGGGCGUUCCGACAGUGUCUCCGAGACUGCUCGCUUGUUUUGCCAAUUGCUCCUGAGAGGCGUGAGAGUGAUUGCUUUUUGUCGGAUCCGACAGCUAUGCGAGGUCCUCCUGCAAGCUGUGCGCAAUGAAUUCAAAGGUCUUGGAAGACCGGAGGUUGGCAAUAUGGUAAUGGGAUAUCGCGGCGGAUACAGCCCGCAAGACCGGCGUCGGAUCGAGAAGGAAAUGUUUGAAGGGAAGCUACUGGGGAUCGUCGCGACGAAUGCUCUGGAAUUGGGCGUUGAUAUCGGGUCUCUAGACGCUGUCAUCACCGUGGGAUUCCCCUACUCAAUCUCCAACUUGCGCCAGCAAAGUGGCCGUGCUGGACGCCGCAACAAAGACUCUCUGUCCGUCCUGGUCGGGGACAGAUACCCGACAGACCAACACUACAUGCAGAACCCAGACGAGAUAUUCACUCGACCGAACUGUGAGCUGCAGAUCGACCUAGCCAAUGAGCUGAUCUUGGAAGGGCACGUCCAAUGCGCAGCAUUUGAAGCACCCAUUCGCCCAGACGAAGACCACAUUUACUUCACCCAGCAACUCUUCGCCCUCGCAGCAACCCGUCUUGUCAAAGAUAGCAUGGGAUUUUACCACUGCCACGACCGAUUUCGACCCCAACCCUCCCGGUGCGUCCCAAUUCGCGACAUAGAAGAGCAACACUUCGCUGUAAUCGACACAACCAACAACCGCAACAUCGUCAUCGAAGAAGUCGAAGCCUCGCGCGCCAUCUUCACCCUCUACGAAGGUGGCAUCUUUCUCCACCAAGGCCAAACAUACCUCGUCAGAGAACUCAACACCUCGCAAUUCUUCGCCCGCGUCGUCCGCGUCCACGUAGACUGGAGCACAAUCCAACGCGACUUCACCGACAUCGAUCCCAUCGAAACCGAAAGCAUGCGCCUGGUCGGCCACGACCCCGACGCCUCCAGCGCAUUCUUCGGCGCUAUCCAGGUCCACUCCGCCAUCUACGGCUUCUUCAAAAUGGACAAACGCGGCCGUGUCCUCGACGCCGUCGCCGUUGAUAACCCGCCCAUCGACGUCUUCACCAAGGGCAUGUGGCUCGAUGUACCCAGCCGCGCAAUCUCAAUUCUAGAAUCCCAUCACCUCAACAUCGCGGCUGCUAUUCACGCCGCCGAGCAUGCGGUCUUAUCUCUCCUGCCUUCAUUCGUCAUUUCCUCUCCCGGUGACGUCCGUACGGAAUGUAAAGUCGCCAAGAAGGAACUUGGCCGUGGUCUCCGUCUUGCUAAUGAGGCCUUGCUUUCGAAGGAGGAGAUGGCGAGGAAGAUGCAGCCGCCUAAGAGGCAACGGCCUGCGAGGUUGACCUUUUACGAUGCGAAGGGUGGGAAGUGUGGUUGUGGGAUUGCGAGUAAAGCGUUUGAAUUUAUUGGGUUGCUUUUACGGCGAGCUGUGACACGUAUUGAGGCUUGUGAGUGUCUUUCGCCGCAGGGUUGUGUGGAGUGUGUUUGCGAUGAAAGGUGUAAGGAGAUGAACGUGGUUAUGAGUAAAGCUGGUGCGGGUGUGAUUCUUAGAUGUUUGCUUGGGUGGGAUGUCGAUGUGGAUGCUUUACCUUGGGGUGAGGAUGUGAAUGGGGGAGAGUUUGGUGGUGGUGGUGGUGGUGAGUUGGCUGGUGGGUUUGAGACGGUUGUUAGAGCUGGGAAGGUGCCGUGGAAGCAGGGGUGUAGCCCUUAG